CAGCCACCAGUUGUCGCACGCAUGGCGUGGCCACGGUGGGGCACCGCACGACGCCGCCAGCUUGCUUUUUAUAAAAAAGCGGCCACCGUGCACAGUCGCAGGUCAAAGCUCCUCCUCCCCCUCACGGGCUCACAAGACCUCCCGGAGAUCGAACGAGAAGAGAAGGCAAACCGAAGCGCAGGGGAGGCGCACCGCUCCGCUCCGGGCUGGCAAUGUGAUGGCGCAACAGCGGCAGCAACGCAGGCGCGGGAGCGGCGCCGUCCUCCGCCUCGUCGCGGUGCUCCUUGCCCUGCUCUCGCUCUGCCUCGCCCGCGCCGACGCCAUGGCCGCGCCUUCGGCUUCGACCUCUCUCGCGGGUGCUGCUCCUGCCUCGUUCUCGGAGCAUGGCGUGGCGGCCGCACUGGAGAAUGCUCUAGCACAGCAGGAGGUGGCGCGCGGGCACUCGACGGCGGCGGCGGCGGCGGCAGAGGAGGACGGAGGCGACGGAGACGUGGUGCUGGAGAGGGUGGCGAUGGAGUCGACCGAGGACUACAGCUUCCCCGGCGCCAAUAGCCGGCACGUCCCGCACCCGUGAUCGCCGACCACCGGCUGGAUCGCCGCCGGCCGCAUGGGAUGGGACCCAGACCAAUCAAUCACAGGAGCUGCUGCCAACCAGUGACAUGCAGGGGCAAGCAGGGACACAGCGGGAAGAGCAGUGUAGUCGCAGUAAAUUGUAGUUCGCGCGUGGCUACUCAAGUAACUCAGCAAUCACUUUGUUUGUAAAACCCCUUUUUAUUUUUAUUUUUUGUGCUCCUUUCGCGUGCAAUGCACUGCACUGCACGAGCACGGCCAUCUAGUCGUGAAUGUGGCUGUGAUUAUAUGCGCGUGUCGGCGUGUGCUUGCCUUGCCUCUGAUCGAUGUCUGUGUCUCCAUGUCUCGGACUAGAGCUUCCUCUUUUUGCUUUGUUCUUGUAGUAUCGGUGACGGGCUCCUCAGUGUGAUCCUAGCUGGUUAGCAUGUGCUGGAAACCUUGUUUAA